AUGCUUGGCGCUUCUUUUUGCUUUUUCGUACUGUUAAAGCCUCUUCUUGGGAGUCUGUGUCAGCCCUCAUCCCCCGAUACGUGUCUCACCGGAUGGGAAUGCCAUAAUCUCUCGACCAAUAUUCCCAGAAUAUCUAUAUUUAAUGAAGCCCCACUUGGGGUUUGUCUAUUACCAAGGAAUACUCAAGCUCAAGAAGAAGAAGAAGAAGAACAGCCUGAAUUUCACGAAUUACGCGGAUCACUCAAAAAUCAAUGCAAUCACACCUCAUAUUAUACGCUACAAAUUGAAGAUCGAAUAGUACGCAACAAUCCGUCAUUAUAUACACUAAAUCAUGGACAAAUGACCGUAAAACCGGAAAGUAUACGUCAAAAUAUCCUAUUCCGGGAGAUGCUGCGGUAUCUAUUAUUGGAAGAUGCGGAAGAGACUUUUCUUGAAUGUAUGGAAUGUUCUAAAGAGAGGACAUAUUCACAGAGAGAAGCCGCGUUUGCACAGAUUACGGAUCUGUUCGUGGAUAUCUUAUGUCGUCGUGAUGAGGAAUGUCCAGCUAGAGAGAUCUGCAUCGAACACACAAAUAUCCACAAGUUAUUUUCACGAUUUUCCCUGCGAAAAUGGAAAAAAUUCCAGUCACGUGGCGAGAAUCAAUGGAUGUAUGGUGUGCAG